GCAUACUAUAUCAAAUCAUGGUGAGGCAGUCCGAGACGUCACGAGCAGCCAAGGAAGGAGGGAAGGAGACCUAUAGUCAAAGAGGCUCUUGUUCAAGAAUUAAUAGUGGGAAAAGCACAGGUGCAUUUCCUCAUCUCAACACAGGUAAUACGGUAACCCAGCACAGCACAGGCAGCAACAGAAGUAGGAAAGGAGCCGAGACUUGGGAUUUACGAAGACUAGAGGAGGAAAGCGAAGUGGCUCUCGAACGCCGCCGCCAGCAGUUAACCCAAGAACUGAUGAGGGAAAUGGCUGGGGAUUCUCAUCAUCAUAUAUCAUCUGUUGACAAAAAGCUGCAUGGUCAACAUGGACAUCGGAGAAAUCCUUCAUCAUCAAGUAGUAGCUCGUCCUCCUCAACAUCAUCCUCGACAUCCUCUUCGUCAAGUUCGUCUUCUUCAGAGUCCUCACCUCAUCGCUCAGGAUACAAACGGGAUGGAAAAAGAAAAUCUCGGCUUAGUAAAAGACUUCCGUCAAGCAGUGAUCGCUCUAAGCUUAAGAAGACCAAAUUAUCUUCAUCAUCAAGGAAACAUAGCAACAGCAAGAAUAGCAAGAAGAGUCACCCUAGUAAGAAGGACCAUGAAAAGAUGCGUGGUCACAAAAGUAGCCAUUCCCCAACUCGAAGAAAAAGCUCAAUGUCUAAAAAGCUUCUAUCCCCGGGACGCAAGCGUACGCCGUCUCCUUCCCGGAAAUCACACAAGCUCUCUCCUGGCAGGUCAAAGAGGAGUAAGAGCAGGAAACGAUCUGGUUCCCCAAGAGAUCGUUUAGAUUACAGGAGUGAUCGUAUAGGAAUACCAGAACGAUCUCUGAGCCAUGGACGUGACACAAACAUUGUUCAGCAUGUAGGAUCGUCAUCAAGAGGUCGAGAUCCACGUGUAGAAGAGCGUGCACGUCGAUUAUCUCCUGAACAAAUAGGACGAGACCGAUACAGGUAUGAAAAGGAGCGCUUAGAGGAAUAUGUUGAACCUCGACGUGAGCGCCGUUCUCCUGCACCGACGAGGUCUCGUGAAGUGGAAAGGAAAGAGACUCAUAGACAUAGAGAUUAUGAGAGACAUGAGCGUGAACAUUAUGAAGAGAGGCGUCGUGAAGACCCAAGAAGAGAAGAGAGAGAAAGGGAGCAACUUCGAGAAAGGGAAUUACGGGAGAGGGAAAUCUUGAGAGAGAGAGAGUUAUUGAAGGAGAGAGAACGGGUUGAACUCCUGGAGCGUGAGCAAGAGAGGGAGAGAGAGAGGAUCAGAGAAGUAGAUGAUCGAAGGAGUCGUUAUGGUCGAGAGCACGAAUUUGCUCGUGAGAGGGAAGUUGUUGUUCGAGGAGGUUGCCGAGAAUUUGAAGGGGAAAGGGAUUUCUAUUCACCCAGAGUUCGUCCUGAAUUGGAUGCCAGAGUACUUGCCGUGGAUGAAAGACGCCCAUAUGAAGAUGCAGCUUAUGAAAGGUUUCAAAGUGAAAGAGAACGUGUUCGUUAUGAGAGUGGACGCAGUCGUUAUGAUGAGCUAUCCCUUCAUGAACGCCGUGGGAUGCUGCCAAUUGAUGAUCGUCGUCCAGAUCGCAGAGUCCCACCCCUCGAUCCACGUUUUCCAGAUGAACGCAGGCGGAGUGGUGGCAGCAUUGACCCUCGAGUCCACGAAGCCUGGGUUGAAGAGCAGAGAGGAUUGGACCGCAUGGACCGUGCCGACCACUUCCCUCCUCACGUACCUCCUCCCCGCCACCGCCACCAGCCAGACUGGGCUGGUGGACGGCAAGCAGUUGCUUGGGAUCGCCACAAACAUGCCAGACAUGAGGAAUGGGCAGAAGAGUAUGGACGAGUCGCAGGUGCAAGCAGUGGACGUGGUGCAGAAUGGGGAGAGGAGCCUCAUGAUUGGGCUGCUGAUAGGACAGGACCUGCCUCCCUGCACCAGGACCAAUGGAAUCAACAUCCAAGAAGAAGCUAUAGAGAUGAGUGGGGGGCUAGAGAAAGUGAAUGGAUUGACCGUGGACUGCCAGCGUACUCAGGAAGCCGUGAUCUUGGACAUCCUGCACCACCUCCGGGAUUGCCGCUUGGACGGGGAGAACGGAUUUUGCGAAGACCUCGGCGAGAGCCAGUAGAUCAGGGAAUGGAACAUCCCGCUGCCUCUGCUACUCGCCAUCAUCUUAAUGAGGAGGAGGGUGUAGAGAGUGCCUUGGUGGUUGCCAGAGGUGGGGAUAUUGGAAGUCCUCCACCCUCGGAUCAAGACCAGGCACUCAUGCCAGGUAAUGACGGUGAGUUAUGGGAGUAUGACCCAGGGCGAGGGUCUUGGGUGCGCAGGGGCGAUGCUCCUCCCCAGACAGAUAGAGAGUCACCGGCCAAGAAAGAGAAGCAAACAGUAGAAGUUCCAGUGGAGGUCUCUCUUAACCCUUUGACUAAGAAAGUAAUUGUGGAGGAUAAAAAGAGAGGAAUUUCCGAAGAAAAGAGUGUGGAUGAAACAGAGAGUAAGAAACAGUGCACAGAAUCACCUCCUCCAGCACCUGCUGAAAAUAAUGAUGCUCCACUACAAGAGAAAGACACUUUUAGUGAUAUUAGUGAUGAUGUGGAUGACAUUCUUAACCAGGAGGUUGGAGGGUACAAUGAUGAAGACAGCCAUAAUAUGAGCUCCAGCCAGAUUGAGGACUCAAGAAAUCUUAACCGGGAGACUGGACCCACGUAUGAUGACUUGUUAGAUGAGGAUGAGGAGAUCCACCUUGAGGAAAUAAGUGACGAUGAAUUGGAAGAGGAUCGCCAGGCAAAAUUCAAUGUGGCUGGUGCACUGGAUAUCAAUUGGGCCUUACUGGUUCGAGAUUCGUCCAAAGUGGCUACUAAUGAAGUGGCAGCUGGAACUGCUCUCAAGCGUUUCAGUGCUUCCCAUUUGUUAGCUCGCCUUGGAGUCUCCACUAAAUUUGCCAGAGCAGAAGUGUUACAGCAGAUUAAAGAAGCUUGCUCUGCUGAUGCUACUCAAGAAGAUACAGAGUCUAAGAAAGUAGAAAUACCACCAGUGAUUGACUCGGGCGGUGUUUUACGCAUAUUAAAGGCUCGGGCUGAAGAUCGUCAAAGAAUUCUGGAUGGUAUUGGCCCUAACAGAAGGGCUCUCUGUGCCCGGCAGGAUAUUGCACUCAGACGACAGCUGUGUAAUCUUCCCAAGCAGGACCUCAUUGGAGAUAGUCCUCUGCUUGACAAGGAUUUGUUCAGGCAAUCAAUUUCUCUUCUGAAAUCCUGUUAAAUGUUACAUCCCAUACUGUUUGUAUGUUUAAUGUAUUCUUAAUAAAUAACUAAUGUCUUU